AGUUACAUGCACAGUCACACACACCACACGCACACACCACCACCACCGCUGCUGUUGCCGCCACCACCACACACACAGUGACGGCUGCCAGGCGCAGUGGGAAGCAAGCCGUCAGGGAGUGAGCUUGAGAAGAAAGAGAGGGGAAGAGAAGAAAAGAGAAGAGAGUUGGAGGGGGCACCUUGUGGAUCAGAAGGGAUUUUCCUCUGUGUGAGUGCACGUCUGGAUAACGCUAUCUGCUUCUUCCUCAGCAAGAGGAGUUUUUACCACGGCUUUUUCUUUUUGCUCAUCCUCCACGCCGGGCUUCAGCGAUAUCUACCUAUCUAUCCCCGGAGCUUAACAAAAGAGGGAGGGAGUGAGAGAGUGAGAAAAAAGGCAGUCACAGCUUCAGCUCCAGACCACCCUCUCUCCUCCUCCUCCUCCUCCUCCUCCUCCUCUUCUUCCUCCUCCUCCUCCUCUUCUCUCCCUAGCUCCACAUCCAUGUGUGAGUUCAUCGCUGAUUUCACUGUCUUUUAAGGAUAGAGAAGAGGACAGCGUGCGUUCUCCAGGAUACAGCCGAGCUCCCAGGGGGAUCAGGGUCUCGUCUGGUACACGAGAGAGGGGGAGGAAGAACGAGACAGGGAAACGGAUACACAGGAAAAGAGAGAGCUCAAGAGAGAGAGACACUGGAAAGCAAAUUGAGGGGCAUGUUCAGGGCAGCAAAGAAGAGUGAGUCUAAUUUUUAGAGCGGAGUGUGCAAGGAACCGGCAACCGAAACCCAGCCAUUCAUCCCUCCUCCUCCUUAUCAUCCUCUUCUUCUUCCCUCUCCUUUUACCCCCUCUCAGUCAGGCUUUUCAAUUCCCUCUAUUGUUUCGCGUAUUGCUCCUAUCCUUUCAUAUCUUCCUUUCCUCACCCUACACCUCCUUCUCCCCAAACCUCUUUCUGCUGCCACUCCGGAAUCUCUUUCCAGACCCACGCAAGGAAUGGUUUUUUGAGAUUCCCUGUGAGCUCCCAGACAAGUAGACAGACUGAAAUCUCAAGCCCUAUCUGUUCUUCUAUCCAUUCCUUCUACUGUGCAUUUAUCACCUUCACCAGCGAGAGGAGAGUGUUCUCUCUUCAUCCCCCACUCUUGGAAGCAGUCGUUUAAAGAAUCCAGGCCAGCCCCUCGAAGUGAUCAGCCUCCAGGACCUUCAUCUGGAUUCCAGCUACAUGGGAAAACGUUUGGAACAGCAGCCAAUGUACCCCCACUACACCUACUACUACCCCCACUAUCUCCAGACUAAGCAGUCCUAUGCUCCUCCUCCUCCACCCAUGGCUCCACCCAGCCCUGGCACCACAGGAGGAGGUGGUGGAGGUCAGGGAGGAGGGCUAGUGGAACAACUUAGUAAGACCAACCUGUACAUCAGAGGCCUGCCGCCUGCCACCACAGACCAGGACCUCAUCAAACUCUGCCAGCCAUAUGGGAAGAUUGUGUCAACAAAGGCCAUCUUGGACAAAAAUACCAAUCAGUGCAAAGGGUAUGGUUUUGUGGACUUUGACAGCCCUGCAGCAGCCCAAAAGGCUGUGGCCUCACUCAAAGCCAGCGGAGUCCAGGCACAGAUGGCAAAGCAACAGGAGCAGGAUCCCACCAAUCUCUACAUAUCUAACCUGCCCGUGUCGAUGGAUGAGCAGGAGUUGGAGAACAUGCUGAAGCCUUUUGGUCACGUCAUUUCCACACGGAUACUGAGGGAUGCCAACGGCCUUAGCAGAGGAGUUGGCUUUGCCAGGAUGGAGUCAACAGAGAAGUGUGAUGUGGUGAUUCAAAAUUUCAAUGGGAAAUUUUUGAAAACCCCUCCAGGCAUGACUGCUCCCUCAGAGCCUUUGCUGUGCAAGUUUGCUGAUGGAGGCCAGAAGAAGAGACAAACCCAGGUCAAAUAUCCCCAGAAUGGACGAUCAUGGACACGGGAAGGAGAGAGUGGUAUGGCAUUGACGUAUGACCCCACAGCGAUGCAGAAUGGGUUCUACUCUUCGCCAUACAGCAUCUCCACCAAUCGGAUGAUUGCUCAGACGCCCUUCAUUGCUGCCUCUCCUGUGCCCACAUAUCAGGUCCAGAGUACAUCUUGGAUGCCACAUCAACAAUAUGUUAUGCAACCUACAGGUGCUGUGAUCACCCCAGCUGCAGCCAUUGAGCCCAGUUUGUCUAUCCACCCCUCCAGUGUAAUGGCUCCUCUAACCCAGCAGAUGAACCACCUGUCUCUGGGCCCUACAGGCACUUACAUGCCUGCUGCAGCGGCUGCUCCUAUGCAAGGAACCUACAUUCCCCAGUACACUGCAGUGCCUGCCUCGGCCAUCACAGUGGACGGUGUGGUGACAGACCCCUCUCCACAGACAGCUGCCCCCUCUUCACAGGAUGCCAGUGGGCAGCAGCCUUUACCUGUGGAGAACACAGGAGAUCACGCCACAGCCUACUCUUACCAGCAGACUAAAUAACAAGAUUGGUAGGAAUCAUUGCUGCAUUGCCUUUAGGAGGUCUGCACGAAGGCGCUGGAGACACAGAGAAUCAAAAUGAAACAGGACAAAAAAAAAAAAAAAAAAAAAAAAAA